GAAUGUCUCUCAUCCCACGGCCAGCCGUCAUCAAAGGAAGCUCAAUGUUUCUCCACGGGGAAACAUGAUUAGCUGUUGGUGGUGACUGUUACUGUUUCUAACCAGGACGACUGCCUGCUCUACUUUACAGAGGACAUCCAUCUUCAGCUUUAAAUUCUCAUCAAGAUUUCAAGAAUUCAAGCUGCAUGCCUGUUUUAUGAAGCCAUGAUUAGAGAUCGGACAGACAAGGCUUUUGGUGCCAUUACGAAGAGUCACAUGGAAAUGGGCAGUGACUUUUCCACCACUGUAACUCAUGGAAACUUUUGGGCUUGUCAAACUCUACGUAUUUGUAGACGCGACACUGGCGGACUCAUUCAAUAAGGAAAACAUUUUUUUAUUUUUUUAUUGAAACGUUUUGGUCACUUUUCAAUUCAGAAUGACUACCUCAGAUCAUGCAUACAAUCAAACCUUUCUUGACAAAAUUGGUUUGUGGAGUUCAUCUAAAGAAGAUUAAUUCGACAAUGACGGUGGAUCGGUAGCAUGUGUGAUGAUCUCAUGCCUCUCUUGUGACCUUUGUAACCCUUAUUUGUUGAAAAACCCAGACCGAGAUGGAAACCGAUAAAGGUCAAUAGCCUGGCAGGAUUGAAUCUACUGUCUGGUAUGAUGAGACAAUGUAUUGCAGUGGGCCGGUGGACAUAAACUCUAGGUUUCCCUAGAAAUCCCCUGGCACCGCACAAUAAUAUAAAAGUGUUUGGGGGCGGGGGAGGGUUUAAAUGGUGUUAAUAACAGAGGAACAGAGUGAAGGUUCAAAGGUUCUGGAGAAUGGAGGGUUCAGAGUUGUGGGACUGGGUAAGAGUCCGCCUAGUAAUAAUAGAGUGGCUAUGGGUACACCUGCCAUAUCCAUCACCAAUGUUGAAAAAAAUGCGGAUGAGUGUGAGGUGUCAGGAGAGGAUGAUAGCAAGGUUCAUGAAGUUGAUUACACACAAAACUAUUGGGAGGAUGAGGACGAUAUCUACCAAGAGUUCGAGGAGUUGGACUUUGAUGCCCUGCCAGAUCGCUUGGACACGCAGAGCAUUGCCUCGGACGAUUCUUUCUAUCCCCAUGACGAUUCCGUUGUGUCUCAAAUUAUGUACCAGCGAUCGCCAAGCCCUGACAGCCCCGAACCUAUUUCUUUCUUUAAGGCCUGCUGCAACAACAACACCAUCAUCGUCAAGAUUAUGAUCAGGCAAGGAGUGACCGAAGAGGAAGUGAAAGAGACGGAUCGCAACAGAAGAUCUGGUCUGAUUAUGGCGUGCUACCAUGGCUACGUGGAAGUGGUCAUCGCCCUCUCUCAGUGCCCGUGUCUCGAUGUCAACUGGCAGGACAACGAGGGCAACACCGCUCUUAUUAUUGCAGCACAAGCAGGUCAUGCGAUCAUCUUGAACUACCUGCUCAACUACUUCCCUGGGCUGGACAUCGAGAGGAGGAACUGUCACGGUUUCACAGCUUUGAUGAAGGCUGCCAUGCAGGGCCGGGCUGAGUGUGUCAGGGCUCUCAUGCUGGCUGGAGGUGAUAUUCAGGCACGGGACAACAGUCGCAAUAUGACACCCAGGGAGUGGGCUCUCUUCACUGGUCGAUAUGAGACAGCCAAUCUGAUGUGUCGGCUGAUGUCAAAGCCCUGUGCUGAGCAGAUCUGUGACUCCUUCUCCCUGGAGUGGCCCAUGCUGGAGGAGCUGGUGGCCCAGGCCCAGGAGCCAAAGUCUUGCUGGAGACGUUUGAUCCACUCCCUUUCCUGCUGCCCUUAUUGGUUUUACAUCAACAACAAGGUUAACCCUGUGGAUGAUGGCGUUCUUCAGCACAUGGUCCACAUCACCACCAGUAUCUCCAGUCCAGUCAUUGCCACAGCUUGCCGCACUGUGUGUCCAGGCAGCCCUCCGUGCAUCGGGAAGCGUCGUCAAGCUGUGCAGGAGAUCCUGAGGAGGCAACGGGUAUCUGAACUGAAGCGUCUGGGCCCAGACAGACUUAACAACUACAAGAAAUUCUUCCAGAACUCGCGGAUCCUCCUUCUCCCCAAGUCUAUAGAUCGGAGAGCCAGCCUGCAGCCUCAGUUGCUAAACGACAUAGCCACAGUGGCCAUGAGACGAGCGAGCCUCCUGCCUCUUCACAUGCUGAGGAGAAGCAGCGUGCGACCAGGCAUCGUAGUGCCCAAAGUUAUGCUCUGCAAAGCCCCACCUCUGAACUUCACGCCAGAAAAACUUAAACGGAGCAAAAACAAUAACCAGCUCCAGAUCCCCAAGUGGAACUACAAGAUGAAGAAAAUAGAGAGGAGGCAGGAAGAGGAGAGGAAAAGACUGUUAACUCGGGUAAGGAGGAGAUGAAGGGAAUAUGUGUCUUGUUGGAAAGCCCUGACAAAGCACAAUGUCGUAGUCCAUGACAAAUCAACCAGGAGAAUUGACUCUGUUAAUGUAAAUACACCUGCCAGUUGCCAUUUUUGUUUUUGUUGAGAUUGCUGACAUUUUUGGAUUUGUUGCCUUGUUUCUACUUGAAUUCACAAGCUUUAUUUGUGAAGCAUAUUUGUGGUGCAAUGUGGGAGAUGCUGAAGCUCAGUGAUAUAAAUCAACAUAUAGUAUAGUAUUUGUAACUCCUGCUAGGAUGCUAAGAAUACACACUUUUUCAUGUUGUCAGCUUACAUGUCUGACAAAUUCAGUGACACAUGGCAAAAAUUAAAAGAAGAUUAAGUGUAAGGAACCUCUGCUUUAGACAAGCACAUCUUCUGAAGCGUAUGCUUAGGAAGAUGUGCUUGUCUAAAGCAGAGGUUGUUAGCUUAAAACAUUUGCUACCAAGCCGCAAAGGACGAAGCAGAAAGACAAUUCAGUGAGAGAAAAAGGGGGGAAAAGGAACAGAGGAGAGGUAGAGAUGACUAAGGGAAGGAAAGGGAUUAAGUAAGAGCAAGACAAAGAACUCCAACAGGCUGAGAAGUCAUGCCGACUUGGAAAGCAUACAGGACACCAAAUGUUGAACAAAGGGAAUUUCGACAGGAGAAUUUGAGGGAGAGGCAUACAAAAAGGGGGUAAAUGGGGCUUGAAAAGGUGACAGCCAGUCGGAGGGAUUUCACAGGAUGGAAGAGAAGAGCUCUGACACGGCCAAAUGAAGAUUGGUGGCAGACUGGUAGGCUACUACAGUAGAUUGCCACAGGAAAAGAUCAGUGAGCAUGCUGGAGGAAGCCAAGAAGUACAUAGUAAAACAGGUAUUUGCGAGAAAGCAAAGAGCUUGUGAGCACUAUUUGUCAGCUGAUCUGAGGAGCCAGCUCACACAGGCUUUGUAAGGGCUUUGUGGAGAAGUGGAAAGGCAGAGCCAAAAAUAAAACAGCUUAGAGUUAGACUGUGACUUGUGUGCUUCCAAAAUAAUCACAUGCGAUAGUCCAUUGCUUGCAUUACUGUGUGGUAGCCUACUGUAGGCAUCUCCUGCUCUGUGAGUAAUGGAGAGCCACCAUGUACUCAUCAGCUGCAUGUCCAUGUGCAUUUGAAUUUUGCAUUCAAAUGGCAGUUAAUAAUCCUACAUGGUGUAGUGCCUUUAUCACCCUCUAGUGGCAACCACCGGGAGUUGCAACAGGUUUUUACUCUUCUACUUUUGACUGUGUUGUUUCCUUCUUAUCAGCCCUUUGAGAUGACACACUGUGGUUCGAGGCUCUACCUAGCUACAGAAACAUGAACUUGAAUUAGCCGCAGUUAGCAUAAGGCUAAAGUUAUUUAGCAGGCUACCAUCAGAACAAUACAACUCCAGAGGCAGUGAGAGAGGAAGUCUAAACAUGGCAGACAAGCUAGUAUUUGUGCAAGGCUAAGUGCUAACAGACCACACAUGUCCCCUGCACUUUUUCAGAACACACACACACACACGCACACACGCACACACACACACACACACACUUUUUACAGUCCGAGAAGUUAAGUUAGCUAGGAAUCAAUUAUGGAAUUGUUGAAUUAAUGUAUUAUUUCAAAUGAGCAGUCAGUUCACCACUGUGCUUCUUCAUUGAGCGCAUUCAUGAAGGUUUAUUUUUAUUUUUUUGAAAUCAUUUAAUAUGUUUGUAGUUAAAUAGAAACAGCUGCCCCCACAUGUAAAAGACAGUGUGUGUGUGUGUGUGUGUAUAUGUGUGUAGCAUAUAAUUGAUUUUCCUGAAUAACUGGAGUAUGAUGAAAUGUUUUGGAAAUAACUUAACUAAAAAGAUAUGUAUUCCGUAUCUAUUAUAAUGGAGCUUGGAAUGUCUAGUUUGAACUUUGUAAGUGGAGCUGUACAUUUUGAAAUCUGGAGGUCAACAGGGAUUAAUGGAGUUACAGUUUUACUUUGCCUGUAUUGUCAAAAGUAUUAUUUUUGCAUACAAAAAUGCAUUUUACACCUCCCUUUACACAUUUUGCUUCAUUGCACCACCUUUAUUGUUUUUGUGCAAAUUUUCUUAAUCAAUGUGAUGGCUUGAACUGUGCCAACAUACCAUCAUAUACUACCUUAAGUAAAAGUGUAAAAUUUCUGCCUAUGAAAACUUUUAAUUGAAAGGCUUCUAGGCUCGAGUUUUAUAAUGAAUGCAUUUUUUGAUAUUUAUAUUGCUUUGAGAAGUAGGGCAGAUAUUAGGGCACUAUAAGUGUAAAUUGGAUGCACUUUUUCACCUAUUGGGUGAGUCAAUACAUUGAUCAAGAUAAGCACUUUUUCUGUAUAAAAUAUAUUUUUGUUACAACCAUUCAUUUCACAAAGUGGAUAUCUUUAAAACUAUGAAAAAGUAAGGUUGUAUUUGUUCCACGUAAAGCAGGUGUAUCUGAAAAACUAAAGCCCUUUUGAAGAUGUGUGCCUGUACUAACUGUGCCCUGAAACUUUGAAAUGAAAAUUCUGCCGCUGGAAGUUUAGCAUAGUCGGCAGGAGACUGGCAAAUUGAUUUCCUGAUCCUGAUAAGGGACUCAUAGCCACAUGCUAUCACCGUCCUACAUCCCCCACAUAAAGCACAUCUAACAUUUGUAAAAUAGACAAUUUGGCAUACAUUUUGUGGAGCUGACGGAGAGGUGACUGGAGAUGUCCGCGCCUUCUUAUCUAUAUUACAAAGGAAAACCAUGCCAAAUUCAUUGAAUUAAAACUGUUGAUCGCCUACAUAUCACAUCAUCAUUGGCAUAUGAGGAAAUACUGUAAUGUUUAUAAUGUUGGUACUUUCAUUUGUCAUUGAUUGUGUUUAAUUAUAUAUCCAAUGUAUAUAUAUGUAAAUAUACUGAUGUAUCUUUGACUAUGGAUAUUAAAAGCUUAGCUACAACAAAUGUCGUAACCCAAUUGCAUGCACAUCUUCAUCUCAUUCAGGGAAUCAUAUAUAUAUAUAUAUAU